CAUUUCUGUACCACAACUUAUGUGAAGCGGCGAAGGCGGACACAUCUUCGAUUGGAGGAUGUUUAAUCCUUUUACAACUUUGGGCAUGGGAGAGGUUGCCAAUGGUUCGACCCCAACGGGUUCUUCCACUGCAUGCAAUAUUUGAUUUGCCCUAUGGUGCUAGGUGGGCUUGUGCACAUAACUGGGCCGACUCUAGCAGAUUCACUCUUCGCAUUUAUAGGGACCAAUUUGACCGAUUAAGCGAGUCGGAGUUUGAAUGGACACCUUACCCGCUUACUAGUCUUCCAGCUUUUUGCACUCAUGCAUUUGAUCUGUGGGCAACUAAAGCUCCACUUAUUUAUUGUUCAUAUUUUGAGGCAUACUAUCCUGGUAGAUUUUGUCGUCAAUUCGGUGCAGUCCAGGAUAUACCUAGGAGCGUGACUCAUAACGACCGUCACCAUGCUACUAGACCAGAGAACAA